AUGAAAUUUUUUCUUUUUCUUCUUUGUUUUUCAUAUAUUCAUUGUGAUUGUCUCGAAUUUAUUAAUAAUCAAUCAAUAAACGAAUGUUUUAUUCAAGAAGUUACAAAUUAUGAUUUAGAUAUACUUCAUUAUUAUUCUGAAUGUUUACAAUGUACAAUUCAAACAUUAAUUGAAUAUGAAAAUAUAAAAUUUGAAGAAAAUAAUCAAUGUUUAACAAUUGAACUUCAAUGUAUUCAAUUAAUAUUUCAUAAUAAAGAAAUAUUUGAAGAUUUUUUUCAAUAUCAUCAACAAUUUAUAUAUGAUUUAUUUAAUAAAGAUAAUGGUACAGAUCAAAAUACUCUACAUAUUAUAAUAAAAGAAAAUACAAUUGAAGAAAUUAA